AUGGACGCGCCUCCCGCUCCCAAGACGUCGCAGAACCUCUUCGAGGUCUACCUCCGCCUGCGACCGCCUCCCGCGACGGCUUCGACGGACGAGCGUGUUCUCACUGUCGAGCCGCCUGCCCAGUCAGGCGCGCCGCCCAGCCACAUCACGCUCAACCCGCCGUCAGACCGCCGGCGCGCGAUUGAGCGCUUCGGGUUCACGCAGGUCUUUGCCGAGACGGCCUCGCAGCUCGACGUGUUUUCCAGCACCGAGAUUGUGGGCAUGGUAGAGGGCGUGCUGGCGCCCAGGGGGGGUGAGGGGACGGAUGCCGUUGUCGCGACGCUCGGUGUGACUGGCUCCGGAAAGACACACACCAUUCUCGGAUCGAAAACGCAGCGCGGCCUGACCCAGCUGGCUGUCGACGUCGUAUUUCGCUCCAUCGGCCCCAGCAUGCUCGACGGCGCCGCCCUGCCUGCCGUCAUCGAGUCGCUGCAGGCCUGCGAUUCGUCCGAGUCCACGCUCAUCUCGGCGCCGCCGUACCUCGAGACCGUGUUUGCCGACCACACGCAGUUUUCCCGGGCCAACUCGCGCGCCGCCACGCCCAUGAUUUGCCGCUCCCGGCCGCCGGUCGCCUCGCUGCCCAAGACACCGUCCAAGAAGACACUAGACCCUCUCUACAUGGCCCUCACUGCCACCGUCCGCGGCAAAUCCAGCGCCCAGAGGCCCAAGUUGAACGCUAACAGCAUCCAGGGCGACUUCAGCUCGAGUAUCAUGUCGGCCGCGCCUCCCCGGCGCAAUCUGCCGCCGCUGCCGACGACGCUCCCGAAACAACCCGACGUGAGCGGUAUUCUCGUGCCGUGCGACACGGCGGCCGAGUACGUCGUCGUCGUGUCCAUGUACGAGGUGCACAACGACCGCAUCUACGACCUCCUCACGCCGGCGACCAAGAAUGCGGCGACAAAGGAGUUUCGGCGCCGUCCGCUGCUCUUCAAGUCGACGGAGCUGUCACCGGACCGCAAGGUCGUGGCCGGCCUGCGCAAGGUGGUCUGCACCACGGCCCGCGAGGCGCUGCUCGUCCUCGAGGCGGGACUGCAGGAGCGCCGCGUGACGGGCACGGGCAGCAACAGCGUGUCGAGCCGCAGUCACGGCUUCUUCUGCUUCGAGGUCAAGAAGAGGCACGGCGGGCGGCGGCCGGGCCCGUGGGGCGGCAGCAAGCUGACCGUGGUUGAUCUAGCCGGUAGUGAGCGCGCGAGGGAAGCCAAGACAGCGGGAGCUACGCUUGUGGAGGCGGGAAAGAUCAACGAGAGUCUCAUGUAUCUCGGACAGUGCUUGCAGACGCAGAGCGAGCUGGGGACGUCGACCAAGCCCAACGUUGUCCCUUAUCGACAGUGCAAGCUGACGGAGCUUCUUUUUUCCAACUCGUUCCCUUCGCACACUAGCCCGCACAUGCCACGGCGUAACCCGCAAAACGGCGUCAUGAUUGUGACGGCCGACCCGACGGGCGACUUCAACGCGACAUCACAGAUCCUCCGCUAUAGCGCCCUCGCACGCGAAGUCACGGUCCCGCGGAUCCCUUCGAUUACCGCCACGAUUCUUGCCGGCGGCCCAGCCCCGAUGCCUACCACACGCUCCAUCAGCCCUGUCCAGCAGCACCCUCACCGACCCUUUGUCCCUGCUGGCGGCACCAGCGCCUACCAUCGAAACCACUCGCCCGUCGACGAGCGCGCCACGAUGGAGAUUGCUGCGCUUGAGAUUGCCCGUCUCAGCGACGAGAUUGACCAGCUGCGCGCCGAAACCGAUGCGCACAUGGAAGCGCGCUUCACGGCCGAGGCGCAUCUGCUGAGCAUGGAGGACCGCCUGAUUGACCUCGAGGCGGCGAUCCGCGACGAGUGCGCCGCCGAGUACGAGCAGACGCUUAUGCUGGAGCUCGCGCGCUUCAAGACGAGCCUGGCCCUGGAGCAGGAGCGCGGCGAGGAGCACCUGGACCGCAAGGUCGACUUGCUCGCGCGUGGCCUCGAGAAUGCUGCCCUCGUCAUCUGUGACGAGGGCGACGAGUACAACAAGGAGAAUGUGCUGGUCGAGGACUUGUCCGAGGAAGUCGAGCGUCUGCGCCGGGAAAACGCCGUCUUGAAGCGGGAGCUCGCCGGGAGGAGCCCGACGAAGCGCAAGCCGCUGGAGGAGAGGGACGACUUUUCGCCGGCGCCGCCGGACACGCUCCCGGGGGCGCAGGGCGGCGCGGUGUCGAAUCUCGGCAGGAAACUGGAGCGGAUGCGUGUGAAUCCGGAUGCGGGCGCGCGGUCGGCGAGCGGUGCGAGCAAUGGCAGCCCAAAGAAGAUGCGUCGGAUCGCCAAGGCGACGUAG